AUGACAGACCAAGAGCCGCUGUUACCUCAAGUUGUUGAGGAGGGAGAGGCGCGCUCCGGUUCAGAGCCAGAGGGAGGAGGCUCCGAUGCUACAGCCGAGCCGUCAGGAGUGCGUUAUUCCAGGGCUCAACAAGUCAUUCGACGUGGCACUGUACACGCUAAGGAAGUCGCGAAAAAAGGCUAUGAAAAGUCACGGUCCUUCGUUAUCAAUCAGUACACGAAAUUCAAAGAAGAUCCGAAGAGAGGCCCACGCUUUCUGACGUGGAUCAGUGUGGCGGCGUGCAUCAUCCUCAUUCCUGGGCUUUUUUUCGAUGUUGUUACACUAGCUCUUACUCUCAGUCCUAUGGAUGUACUGGCAGACAUCUACGCCGCGCUCGGGUGCACGCUGCUGCUUAGCGCCGAAUUCGCGAGAGUCAGUGCGCGUUUUGGAGUGCGCUCCAUGAUCCACUUCUACAUUCAGUUCAUCGAAUUCACUGCAGGGAGAGGAGUUGUACAGAUGUUCGUUGCCUCACUCUGUGUGUCAGUGAAGGACCUCCUGAACCUCUUCAAAUUCAUUCCUGGGCUCGCGUUGUUACUCUGCGGUGUGCUGAACGUGAUAUGGGGUCUGUAUUCGGCGUGCAAGCUCAAUACGAUGAUGGCUAAAAUGCGAGAAUAUGACGGAGACGAAUUUCAGUCGAAGACUAUGGCAGAAAAACUCGACUUACUGGAUCGGAAGUUCGAACUGCUUAACAAGAGGGGAGACGGUCUGCUGACUAUUGAUGAUCUUCGGGAGGGCAUCAAGGAAAUGAAUCUAAUGAUUAAUGAGAUUGAGUUGAAGUCUAUAUUUGACGCACUGGAUAAAGACCACGACGGUCUUGUCAGCAAAGAAGACUUUGAGACGUGGUGGCUACGGGAGAAAGGACCCACUUUCCUCUGA